AAGAACUAGAGCUCGAAAUAGUUGUUUGCCCGAGAAAAUAAAUUUCCAUUUAGUCUUUGUAAGGCAGAUAAUUACAUAUCUACUCAGUUGGCAGUCCAAUGUCGUCACACUUGGAGAAGUGUGCGAGAAGCCUUUUAGUAUGCGAGAAGUCCAGCUUCAUGAAUGAAGCAUCCCGUCAUGAAACACACGUGUGUAAGCACAGUUUCAACUACAAGAUUUCUGUAUUGAUACCGGAAUGUGGAGUCCUGCCUGCUGAUAUAGCAAAUGUGAUCAGUCAUUUCAAAUCAUAUUUCCUGGUCCGGGAUCUACCAGUUUAUAAGUUCCUGGAUGCAAAAUUUCUUGACACAGUUAAGAAAGGUGGGUUUUAUGCACUGUCCUACAAAACUCGCAUUGAUGAAGACAAUGUUGUGGCACUUUUGUCCAGUGGACAUUUAGUCUUGUCACUAGAUAAGGACACGUACCAGCAGCUUGGCUUAGAGGGGAAGCCAUCAGAGUACAAGCACAGAAAAGACAUGAGAUAUGUUGUGACGGUGGACCUGACAGAUAAAUCUUUGGUCCCUGGUACAAAGCGAUUCCAGCAAGUGUUGCUAAGUUUGAAAGAAAGAGUGCCGCUGAAAAGCGACUUCCUUUUGACCAGAUGCCCACCAGGAGCAGAAGAAGAUGGAGAGCUGCAGGCUCUUUUGUCUCAGCACACGUAUGAGGAGUGUAGACCCACUGUCAUAAGCCGGAGCCUGACGGACAUCCCGCGUCCCUCGCUGCACCCUUCAGAUCUGCGGGGAAACGCACACUCAUGCACCCCAGUGCAGUUCCUGGAGUGGCUAGGCUCCGUCAACUUGAACAUCCGCUGCAAUAACUCGGCUUCUAGCUUCCUGUCCACAUACGUGUGUCCAGAGCCCUGCGCUACAGUUAACAAAGUCCUGCUGUGCACAGUCACUGGUUUCAUCCCUCCUGAAGACGUCUAUGCUCUGCUACAAGAGCUGAGACGGUGUUUGGCUGAGCCUGGCUUCACAGACUGGGUUUCCCUCACUGUGCACGGCUUUGCGGACAGCCCGGUCUCUUGGGGAGCUGCAGAGCAUGGAUUCCUCAAGGGAGGGGAGAACUUCUACAAUCUUGUUUGCUUCAAGAACCAGGACUACUGGUUGCACAUGGCCACUGGUUCACAAGAUGGCUGCCCACCAUGAUAUACCGCACCUACAAUGGGGAACAAUGGUUUUAGUUUCAUUCUCAGUUAAACUCAUUUGUCUGCUUGUCUGUCAAGUGAAAUUAUGCUUUUGGGACAUUUUAUCCUAUGAAAAUUGUGCACUUUUUUGUGUGUGAAAAUGUUCUGUUAAAUGAAAUUGUUUGCUUUGGCUGGAGAUUUGUAUUAAUAAUAAAUGAGUGAAACUAUA